CCCCCUCUUCAGCAAUUCCGUUAUGAGUUGCGAACCCGAAUACCGUCGAAAAAAUCGUUGACAGUGGCAGCCACAGUUUGGCCACCUAUACACCUCUUCAGCAAUGUCACCGCUCCUCGCACUACCCAUAGAGGCCCUCCACGAGAUUACCGCCAAAUUGUUGUACAAACAACUAGACGAUUCCGUCCCGCCAGCUUAUUAUACCUGCGUCGAGGAAGAAGCCCUCAGAGCCCUCUGCCUCACCUGCCGUAGGUUACGGGACGUCGCUCAGCCUAUCCUCUUCAGCGUUUUCCUGUCCCAGCAAAGUAGAAGGGAGGAGAAUCUGGUGAAGAGAUUUGCAAGAUUUGCCAGGACAAUUGCGAUAAGGGGCGACUUGAGGAAGUCUGUCCGGAUAUUCGAUAUGUCGACGCACUAUGCCUCGAAUAGCGACUCUCUUGAGCUUCCGUCAGGAUCUGGACUGCAGGAAUUACAAGAGGCGGCGCCCGCUUACUUUCAGAGUCGAGAGGUGCGGGACAAUGGAGUCAUGCUGCAUGUGGGCGAACACGUCAUGGGCAUUCUCUCCCUCCUGCCCAACCUACGCGUCCUCAAAAUUGAAGGCCAAGUCGAUGACGCUCCGGACUUCUGCCGCCUCGUCGACCUGAUGGAUAACUUCCAGAAAUUGGAAGAAUUGCAGCUUGUAUGCGAAGAAUUGGAAGAUCUUCCUUGGCUCCGUGUGUCGGACCUAGCACCACUCCUGCGACUACCGGAGCUGAAGAAGUUCAGCGUGAAGACAGCGGCGGUCUACGACAUCGAGAGCGCUGUUCAUCUGUCGACAUUUGAGGAGAAGUCGCUGAGUGUAGAGGAGGUGUCGAUGGAAAAUUGCGUGACUACGAAUGCCUCGAUGCACCGGCUGAUCAGGGCCUUCCGCCAAUUGACUCGUUUCAAAUACACCAAUUGGACUGAAGCCGACGAAGAAGCGCAGAAACUCGACACCCUGGUCUGGCAUUCAGCACUAUCCGAGCACAAAGACACCCUUCAGGAACUAGAGAUAGACGAUCUCUGCCCCACUACAGAAGACGACCUCAGCCUGCCUACCUCCUGGCCGUCCUUUUGCAAUUUUGCGUCCCUUAAGGUUCUCCGGAUUGAGUACGACCUGCUGGAUUACAACGGAUUACCCGAGAGUCUCUGGACGCUGCAUCUUUUCGACUGUGAAGUCAUCCAGAGCGACGAGGAGCUCGACAGCCUGUGCCGGAUAAAAGCGCGCUCGUGCCCAGAUAUCGAAGAUGUGGAAAUUAGGGUUACCCGCAAUAAGUAGAUGAUAUUUCACUAGCUGGAAUGCUAUGGGUUCCAGUAUUCGGCGGGAAGAUGCAUGGAGAAUGCUAGGUUGGAUUUCAAUCUCAAGUUUAUCGCCUGAGUGAGACUAAAGGUCUGGAUGACGGGUUGUAUUGAAGAGACGAAGACGAAUUAAUGCAAGAACAGCAAGAGCCUCAUGAACA